UUUCUUUUUCUUUUUCUUUUUUCUCUUUAUUAUGGCCAUACUCACGUCUUCCUUCAUAUCUCCUUCGACGAUCAAACUUUUGUCGUUUAUACAGAAUAACAAGUUAAAUGUAUUUCAUAAUCAAAGUCAACCACAAGAAUUAAAAAAUGAUGCACCGACUUGCAUUACUAUCAUUAUGCGUAAAGAUGGCACUCCGACAACAAAAUGCUUAAACCCGAAGACACCGACACGUCAUUGUAAUCAAAGUAAAAAGCAUCGUCAAAAGCUGUCGACCUUGAUCAUACCUCGUUUGGUCACAUCUACAUCGAAUCAAUCCAUCAGAUUACAGCAAUUGCCAUUAGAGCUCAUCAUGAAGAUAUUGUCUCAUCUAGAUUACAAGACAGUACUUGACUUAUCCAAAACAAGCAGACAGUUUUAUACCCUUUGUCAUGAAAACACAUUAUGGCAGAUCAUGUUUAAACAUGACUUUAUCAUCAAAAAGCAUUUAAUCAGACACAUACCAUUUUAUGAAUUGUAUAAAAAUCACUUUGAAUUAGAAAAAAGGUGGCGACGUGGCCAUGUAAAGACAAGAUACUUGGCAGGCCAUGACGAUAGCAUCUAUUGUAUUGUUUGGUUAGGUAAUCAUCAUAUCAUAAGUGGCAGUCGUGAUAAAUCAAUUCAGCUCUGGGAUCUAAAUUCGCCCAGAUCAACCUCCAUCUUGUCCAAGACCGCUCAUACUGGUAGUGUGCUCUGUCUUCGAGUAUCCGAUGACCACUCCUUUCUGGUCUCUGGCUCUUCAGAUGCCACUUGCCUUAUCUGGUCCCUUAAUGACUUUGAACCAAGAAAACGGCUCUUGGGUCAUACUGGUGGUGUUUUAGAUAUUUGUAUAGUCCAUCAUUACAUCGUUAGCUCGUCACGAGACAGCACCAUCCGUGUAUGGAAUAAGGAUACAGGCGAUGAAUUAAGGAGACUCGUCGGACAUGUUGGACCUGUGAAUGCCCUCGGAUCACAGGGUACACAGGUAGUAUCUGCCUCAGGGGAUACGACGAUUAAAUUAUGGGACGUUGAAACAGGUCAAUGUCUAAAGACAUUUAAUGGUCAUACCAGAGGACUCGCUUGUGUAAAGUUGGAAGGAAGCGUCAUUUACAGUGGUGGUCAAGAUAACAAGCUGAAAAUAUGGGAUGUUCAUACCGGUAAAUGCAUAUCUUCUCUAUCAGGUCAUUCAGACCUCAUCAGAACCAUAGAUAGCUUUGAAGGUAGAGUGGUUACUGGAAGUUAUGACAGGACGAUUAAAGUAUGGGAUUCGAAAGAGAACAAAUGUAUUUUAAGUUUUCAAAGCGGGCAUUCGAGUUGGAUAUUCAAUUGCCUGUUAAACAAUACCAAGAUUAUUAGUGCCGGACAAGAUAAAAGGAUCAUGGUCCUUGAUUUUGGUCAUGAUUUAAAGUUGCUUUAAAGCACUGUGAAUAAAGACCAGUCUCUUUCUUGAGGCUCAAAUGACUUUGACCUUCUUGAUUGAAUAUCACCAUUUAAACUAGCUUUGAUAGAAACACCUUUGGAAUUAUCAUGAGCAUGUACAUUUUCACAUGGCCACGUUCACCCUGGUGCUUUCAAAAAAG